UCAUUUAUCUCUCCACCGUGCAGGUACCCUGCUUCUAUUCCUUUUGCCCGAAACGUCAAUUUUCCUGCUCCACGGAUGCAGCCUGACCUGCUGUGCUUUUCCAGCCCCGCUCUCAUCCAGAUCCUGUUGGGUCAAAUGGCUUGUUCCCAGACUGUGGGGAUGCUAUGAUACAACAACAACCCUGAGUCUUUCCGGCCGCUGUCCCGCCCCGCGGAGGACGCUCCCUGAUUGGUCGCAGCUCCCAUUGUGACAGGCGGGACGGUACCCGGGUGUCCCAUUGGCGCAGGCGGCUGUCACUCUCCAGCCCCCGCCCCCGCCCACAGCGGGUGGAGUCCCCGCCUCUUCCGGCCGCCUCGCGGAGCCGGCGACGGUUUGGAGAGACGCAGAGGGACCGGCGGGGAAAACGGAAAUUAAAAACAAAAACCCCGGCGGGUCAGCGGACGUCUGUGGGAGGGAGGGGAGCUCCUCCGAGGGUUUCAAUAGGAGACAUCAAGGCCACUCGGUUUGUCAGGACCUGGUUACCGUCAACCUUGAAAGGUGAAAGGAGAAAUAUUAUUCACUGGGCAAAGAUUUCAAACAUUAGUUUGGCUGGAAAAGCAUCGAGACAGGCGCUCACCCAAGUGGAGAGUGUUCCAGUGAACUGACUGUGGAAAGAUCUUCAACCAGUUACACAGACUUGUUCAUUCAUUCGUUGGAUGUGGGGGAUUGCUGGCUAAGCUGGGGUUUCUUACCCAUCCCUAAUUGUCGAAAGGACUGUUAAGGAUCAUCCACAUUGCCAUGGGUCUGUAGUCACAAGUAGGCCAGAGGAGAUGUGAAUGGCAGAUUGUUGCCCUGAAGGACAUUAAAGAACUCAGUGAAAUGCUACAACCAUCACAGGCACCAUUACACCAGUUUUAUUUUCCAGUUUCCAGAUUUUCAUUGAAUAUAGUGUCACUGUUUGCCAUGGUGGGAUUUGAAUCUGCGUCCUCAGAGCACUAAGCUGGGCUUCUGGGUUACCACUGCCUCCCCUGAGUAAGAGUGUGCCAGUAAACUGACUGUGGAAAGAACUUUCUCCAGUUACAUAGACUAAACAAAAAAAUCUUACCAUCCACUGCAAGAAGAGAAUAUCCAUGUUUUCUGAGGGUGGAGGAAGCUUCUACUGAUUGUUGAAACUGGAGAAACAAAAGGAUACUUGUGCCAUGAAGAAACUGCGGAGAUGUGGGGACUGUGGGAAAGGGUUCCAUUGCUCAUCGCAGCUAGAGAUUCAUCGGCGCACUCACACCGGGGAGAAGCCAUUCAUCUGCCACGUGUGUGGGAAGGGAUUCAGUGAUCCCUCUAACUUGCUGACACACCAGCGAGUGCACACCGGGGAAAGGCCGUUCAUCUGCUCUGACUGUGGGAAGGGAUUCACUCAGUCGUCCAACUUGAUGACACACCGGCGAGUGCACACCAGGGAGAGGCCGUUCACCUGCUCCGUGUGUGGGAAGGGGUUCACUCAGUUGACCAGCCUGCUGAAGCAUCGUGGAGGUCAUACCAAUGAGAGAUCUUUCAAGUGCUCUGACUGUGGCGACGGCUUUAAAAACUCUAAGGACCUGAGGGCCCACCAGCGAAUUCACACCGAGGAGAGACGGUUCAUCUGCUCUCACUGUGCAAAGAGGUUCAGAACGUCGUUCAACCUGCUGACCCACCAACGCGUUCACACCGGGGAGAGGCCGUUCACCUGCUCCGAGUGUGGGAAGGGAUUCAGUCAGUCACAACACCUACGGAGACACCAGCUAGUACACACCGGCGAGAAGCCAUUCAUCUGCUGCGAGUGCAGAAAGGGAUUCACUCGGCUGUCCACCCUGUUGACACACCAGCAAAUUCACAAGUGACCGCUGGGGAUGGAUUCUGUCAUUGCGACUGUACAGUCAGUUACGUCAGACUGAACGCUGUUCAUUCCGAAAGUUCGAGUCUGUUUCUCCUGAUGUUCAUGUGCUCGGAGGUGGAAGUUAAUAUUCUGUUUCUGUUUCUGUUAAUUGAAUCAGAGGCACUGAAACUCCCUGGGGAGGCAAUGGUUUGGCCAUGUUAUCGUGGACUGUUGACCCAGGUAAAGUUCCGGGCACCUGGGUUCAACAGAUGGUGGAUUCAAUGCGUAUCAACGAAUCGGACCUGGGUCCCUGGAGCUGUGAAGCAGCAGUGCUAACCACUGAGCCACCAUACCAAUGUUCCUUUACUGUCCCUGGGCCAGAAUUCUGGAGCUCCCUCCAGAAUGGAAUUGUUUCUGCCUACCGCUCGCUACCACCUUCUCGAGGGCAACUAGGGAUGGCUAAUAAAUACUGGCCCAGCCAGUGACACUCAUAUCCACUGCAUGAAUAAACAAAUGCAAGAGUUGACUGCCUUUGCCUUUGACAUCAAGGCUACAGACUAGUCAGUAUGAGAAGCAAUGGUCAGCGUCAGGACCCUGUGUUUGAUUUCACCCUUGGUUGACUGACUUCUCCCCACGUCAAUGUGGGGAUGCUCUGGUUUCCUCCAACAGUCCAAAGAUGUGAACGGUAGUGUGGAUUGGCCGUGCUAAAUUGCCCGUAGUGUCCAAGGGUAUGCUGAGGGUGGCACGGUUAGCACUGCUGCCUCCCAACCCCUCAAUAAUUUCAGAGUUCCACGUUAGUCAUGGAUUUAUCUGCCCUGGCCUGUGAAAUAUCCAGACUCUUGACCGUUUUCAGGGAAGGCAAUGGCCUAGUGGUAUUAUCGCUGGACUGUUAAGCCAGAGACCCAAGUAAUGUUCUGGGGU